AUGGCGGCUCCUGAGGCUGGUCCAGGAGGGAAACCUGGAUGUGCUGUGGGAUUUGUGGAUUUCCUGAGGCAAAAAUUCCCAUUUUUCUUCAAGCCCAGCUCCAUGGCAGAGCGGGAGAGGCCACAGCGGCUCCUGAGGCUGGUCCAGGAGGGAAACGUGGAUCUCCUCCGGGAUGAGCUGAGGCUGCAUGAGAUUCCAGAGGUUCCCAGCUGGCGUUGGGGACGUUUGGGAGAUUCCCUGCUGCACCACGCAGCUCGCUUGGGACACCGGGAUGUGCUGGAAUUCCUGGUCCGGGAGAUCGGGAUGGACAUGGAGGUGACCAAUGGGGACUACAAGAGACCCAUCCAUGAGGCUGCUUCCAUGGGACACCAGGAAUGUGUGUCCUUCCUUCUGGAGAGAGGGGCGAGCGUGGACUGCUUGAAAAAGGCUGACUGGACUCCCCUGAUGAUGGCUUGCACCAGGAAAAACUUGGAAGUGAUCAAAACCCUGGUGGAGCACGGAGCCAACCCGUUGUUGAGGAACAAGGAUGGCUGGAAUUGCUUCCACAUUGCCAGCAGGGAAGGGCAUCCCCAGGUGCUCCGGUACCUCCUGGAUGUGUCCCCAAGCUGCUGGGACACGGAGAGCACCACGGGGAGAACUCCUCUGCACACGGCAGCGAUGCACGGCUGUUCCCAGGUCGUGGAGCUGCUCCUGGAACGGUGCCAGUACAAACCUGACAGCAGGGACAGCUGUGGGGUCACUCCCUUCAUGGACGCUCUCCAGAACGGGCACGUCGGCAUCGCCCGGCUGCUCCUGGAGAAACACCAGGUGAGUGCCAAAAUUCCUCAACUGCCUCUCCCAGGAGCUGAGCCAGAGCUGCCAGGACAGGCCUGUCCCACAGCUGUGGAUGCCCUGGGUGCUCAGGCCCUGCACAGGGCAGCUGUGACAGCCCAGGAUGGCUCCAUCCAGUUCCUGGUGUCCGAGCUGGGCGUGGAUGUCAAUGGGAGAGCGACGUCCCUGCAGCUGCCAGCCCUGCACUACGCAGCCAAGGAAGGACAUGGACACACCAUCCAGACCCUGCUGUCCCUCGGUGCUGAUCUCCAGGCUAAGGAUGGGAAGGGCCGUUCUGCCCUGCACGUGGCCAGCGCCGGGCAGCGCGCGGAAGCCGCCGGGAUCCUGCUGCGGGCCGGGCUCCGGGACGCUCCCGAUGCCACGGGAACGCUGGCCCAGCAGCUGGCCAGGAGGCCUGAUGUCAUCCAGCUUUUCCAGGGAACACAAGUCAGCACGUGAAGAGGAGGGGGCCUGCUCCUUUGCCACAUGCUCCCUGAAACAGAGCCAUCCAAGGAAAGUGCCUCUUCCAGGGAUCCUCGUGGCUUUUCCUGGGAAUUUCCACACCCUGACCAUCCCCACGGAGAAGAUCCACCUGGAUCAUGGAUUUUUCUAGCUCUUCACGGACCUGCUCUCCACUAAUCCCUUAAAUUGCUUUAAUUUGCAAUUUAAUGUUUCAUUUGACCUCUUUGGGUAGGAGAGAGACUCUUGAAGCUGCAUCAACCUUUUGAAUCCUUCUUGUAGCCCACAGCUGAUGCCAAAACCUGCAGGAAUCUGUAGUGGGACCUCAGCCUUGUGAGGACAUCAGGGAUCUCUGGCUCAGACUGAAAUAAGGAGGUGUUUUAUUCCAGACUGGAAUGCUUGGGCAGUUCCCAAUAAUUUAAAUCCCAAUAAUCUGCUCUUGGAAGCCUGGAAUACACAGCAAGGUAAGAGCAGCUGCAGCUGUUGGGUUUGUGCAGCUGGAAUUAUAAAUUCCAUCGAAAAGU